AUGCAAACAUUGAGUUAGUGAAUUCAUUAUAUACUACUUUUUGUAAUUUGACAACUGAAAUAAAUUCUAAACGAAAUAAGAGGAAUGAAAUCACCAAAAUCAUAAAGCAAACUAAAUUAAAAGAAUCAAUAAAUGAAUUGGUUGAACAAGCAAGAGUAUUAAAAGAUGAAAUCCAGAAAGCAGAGCUUGAACUUGGAAAAAUUGAAAAGGAAAUGUUACAAGAAGGGUUAAAGAUCCCAAACGAUACUCAUCAUGAAGUUAUUGUUGGAGGACAGGAAUUAGCUAAAGUAGUAAAAAUUAUUGGGACACCAUUAGAUUCAACUCAAAAAAGAGGAAGCAUAAUUAAAGAUCAUAUGACAAUUGCACGAGAAUUAGACUUGAUAGAUUUAGAAUCAGCAUCAAAUGUCACAGGAACAAGUUGGUACUACCUUCGGAAUGCAGGAGCUUUAUUAGAAUUAUCGUUGAUCCAAUAUGCGAUUCAUAAAGUUAUUUCUAAAGGAUAUACACCGAUAAUUACACCGGAUGUUGUAAAAACUGAAUAUAGCGAUAGUUGUGGAUUUCAACCGAGGGAUGGAGAAGUAUCACAAAAUUAUUAUGUGGUAACAUCACCUACGGGUAGUGUAGGUACAGGUAAUCAUCAAGAAACAUCAUUCACAUUAACAGGGACAGCAGAAAUUCCACUUGCAGGAAUUUAUUCAAACAAAAUUAUCCCGUUAUCUCAGUUACCGAUAAGAAUGGUAGGGUUUGGAAGAUCUUUUAGAGCUGAGGCAGGAUCCAGAGGGCAAGAUACAAAAGGGUUGUAUCGUGUACAUCAAUUUAGCAAAGUUGAAAUGUUUUGUUUGACAUCUCCAGAAGAAAGUGAAGAAAUGUUGAAAGAGAUUGUGAAUAUACAAGAAGAAAUAGUUAAUGAUCUAGGGUUAUACUAUCAAUCUCGGCGCUUGAAUAUUCGAUAUAAAUCACCAUUAUCAUCAUCAUAUGAAGGCACAAAUAGUGAUGCAAAACAAAAACAACAAUCAACGGAAUUUGUUCAUACAUUAAACGGAACUGCAAUUGCCGUACCAAGAAUUAUUAUUGCAAUUCUCGAAAAUUUUCAAAGAGAUGACGGAAAAAUUAGUAUACCUGAAGUAUUAAGAAAGUGGAUGGGUGGCAUGGAAUUUAUUGAGUAA